AUGAGCGGCGCCAACGAAAUACUACUCAACUUUGACACGGCAAUGUGCGAUUUCCGCCAUAUGUUCCCAAACAUUGAUGAAAACGUCAUCGAAGGCGCACUUCGAAAGCACAACGGUGAUGUGUCGGCGACGAUAAAUGAGUUGCUUUUCGAAAAUAAAAAUGAUGCGUCACCGACGCAAAUCGCCGUCGAAACCCCACAGGAUCUCCGCAAAAGGAAGCAGGAGAUCCGAAAAAAAUUGGAAAAUGUCCAAAAGCUGCUCGACACAGUGACGAACGUAGAAAUGGCUAGAUCGUAUGAAGAUCAGCAGCUCGCGUAUCUUCUUCAAUACGAGGAAGUCAAGAAGCUGAUUAAAACUGAAACUCGAAGAAAUCACGAACCCCGUCAAAUUUCAUCGCAUUAUGUCGAACGGUGUCCAGAUGGUCCCUACGUUAACUAUGCAUAUAACAAAGGCGAGAUUUGA